GUCAACAUAAUCAGACAACUCUUCCACCACUUCAAACUGCUCUAUCCCAUUCUAUCCUUCAUUAUUCAAAGCGUCGGUAGGAGUUCACUUGGACUUACCUCGCUAGAACAACCUACCAGCUCAUGAGCGAGCAGCAGUUUCCCGAGAGCCUGGCGUGGGUGGAGCGCGGCUCCGUGCUCAUCCGCCGCAUGAAUUCGGAGCGCAUCGCUGAAGAUCCGCGCGUGCGUCGCUUUCUGCUCAAGCUAUCACUGCCUCCGUCGCCCACUGAGGUGACAGCCAUGGAGGCGAUUGCAGAAGAGAAUGCAAAUGGCGAUAGUGAGGAGAAGAUGCCAGUGUCAUCACCGCCUCCGUCGCUGCUGCUGGACGCCCAAGAGAGCUUCGAGGCAAUUGAGGCAGCAAAAGAUGCAAACGACAUCAAACAGGAGAGCGAGAACACCGCUUCCAACACAUAUAGGGUAUUGCUAUGGACAUACAGGCUGCAGGCGUCGCUGCAAAGUGCAGUACAGUAUGCACUGUUCGCCAAGACCAGCGAGGACGGAUGUUUCAUUCAAAUUGCCCCGAGGGUUUAUUGCGUGGCGCCACCACAUAUUACGACGUUCAGUCGACUCUUAGGUGCGUACUCAUCGGCGCGCAAUUGGAACUCGGCAGUGAAGGUGUUGGAGCAGUUGGACUUACAGAUGUCGAAGAGGUACGGAAUUUCUUCAAGCUGGAAUCACCCGAAUAUCUGAUUAUAAUUGCAUGUUGGUCCCACAGGUUUGAAGACGGCGCGUGUGUGUUUGACUGUGGACUAUUUGAUGGCGUGAAGAGGAUGCACCACAAGCCACUGGUGUUCGACGAGUUUUGCGAUGGACGAAUUGCUUCCAUUUCAUAUUGCCGCGGGCCGAUUCCGUCGAUGCAUUCCGGUUUCGUGGUUACGUCGACGGUGGCGGCCUGGCUGGACCUGAAGCCAUCAAAUGUUGCAAUUUUGCUGGCUCCAAACAACGAGCAGAUGAGUGUAUUUGCAACGUGCUGCACGCUCUACUGUACCGACGCGUCGUCAUUCCCUGAAAACUUUGGCAACGAGCUGCUCAGUGCGUAUCUACACCAUAUUAAACUCGCAGAGACCUGGCCAGCUAAGCUUCAGCGAACAUUUAGUGGCAAUGACCCGAAAAACGCAGCAUACACCGGAGGAUUACCGCGACCUCAAGCACGAUACAUUGCGGAUUUUGGAAAGUUGCUGGAGAUGCGUGACAGGAAACUUACGGAGUGUGCCGACUCGCCAGCUCUAGAGGAGAAAAAGCAUAAACUGACGGGUAUCGCUGUAACUCCCGCCGCUCGACCGAUUUACAUCCGGCAGAUUGAUUUAUUGUCAGGCCCGGACUGUGCCGAUGACGCUGCUAGUUCAUCCCCUGCUGCGUUGUCGCCGUUGGCGGACAUUUGUCGACCGUAUUUCGUUAUUCAAAACGAGAAGGGCGUUCUCUUUUCUAGCAUGGUGAACGGAGUUCGUGAUGUGGAUCUUCACAGUGGAAUGCACAUUUUCCGGGUGGGAAGACAAUUCAAAAACUGCAGCGAUCUCAUGCUCAAAAUGUACCAUUUGCCUUUCGGACGACAAGGGGAGUUGAUUUUUGAGUGCCGACUACACGCCAGUAUUUUGUUAGAGUUACAAGUUGUCGAGGGAGAAGCUGGACUGAAGGAAGACGAUAAGGGGGUUGUCACGUUAAGCCUUGAAAAGGGCGACUUCGACUGCAUUUCGUCCACUUUCUCACUACCCAAACAGUUCACCGUUCGCAUCUUGUACGCGCACGAUGCAAGCGCGUUCCCUGCAAUGGAGUCGCCGUUGCCCAUAAGACAAAUGGACGAGAUCACAUCCGCUGGUGCUUCGUCGGUAGCUGCAAACGGUAACGCAGCUCAUGUCAGCAGCUCCUUUUCUCAGCAGCAACGACGCGAUAGCAGCGCGAAGGCUCUGCGAUACGAUGGGCCAAGUGCUGUCACGUUCCUGCUGGGCCAGCCUGAUGUCCGAACGCCGUUCGGAGACCUCACAUUAGAGAAAGUUGAUGUGAUUCGGAAGGCGCACAGAAAUCGUGUGGACAUCUAUCUUCUCUUUCAGGUGGAUGCGGGUCAUGGUCAAACGAAAGUACUGCCGUUACGCCACUUGUUCCGCUUUGCGCUUCCUGAUGCUAUACGCGAAAAAGUGAUCAUGAUGGGAGCAAGUGAAGAGUCGUUGGACGAGAACGCGCCAUCUUCAUUCGACAUCGGCGCAGGAAUAAUGCCUUUCGACGAGGAAUAUGCACGAUGGCUGCAGCAUUUGUACGAAACUGAUUUGGACACCCCAGGAAAUAACUAUGAUGACGAGUUUGUAAGAGGAAUUCCAGUGACAGACGUUCAGCCAAGUCUGGACUAUCGGAUCGGUAAGCACCACCCCGCGCAGUGUUGUGUACGAUACGGCAUCGCUUAUUGAGUUUUCUUGUGCCUUGCAGUGAGCAUCGAGACUGAGGUUAACGAGCCUCCUCCCCCUGCCCGAGACCAGCAAGGCCGUCGUCCUCACACCACGAAAUGCCGUGGCGCAUCUGCUUCGUUGAUAAGCCAGCUCCCAACAUACACCUUCAGUACGGCGAAAGAACACAACGACCAAGGAAAUCCAGAGUACGUGUGAUAUGCACCUCGCUAACAUGUCGUCACACGCAUCUACUAACAUUGAUCUCCGCUGUUCAUAGUUGCUUGAUUUGCCGCUGCAGCUUCGAAGUCGGCGAGGAGAUCAAGUCGUUGCCGUGCUUUCACUCGUAUCAUUCCGACUGUGUCGACUCUUGGCUGUCUCUGAACAAGGUCUGUCCUGUUUGCCAGUUCAGCGUCGACCAAACUCAGCUCUAGAAGACACAAGUUGCGAGUUGAAUUUGGAAGAAGAAAAAAAAAGAGCGAAAUCAAAUGAAUACACGUGAAUUGAUAAUUUAUCCAUCUCAA